AUGGCCCAAUGGAAUCAAACCACAGUGUCAGAAUUCAUCCUUGUAGGAUUCACAGAUAAUCCAGUGCUCAGCACCUCCCUUUUUGUGGUGUUUCUAGCUAUCUAUGUGAUCACUCUUCUUGGAAAUCUAGGGAUGAUUACACUGAUUCGUCUUGACUCCCAUCUCCAAACACCUAUGUACUUUUUCCUUAGCAACCUGUCCUUCUCAGAUCUCUGUUACUCUACUGUCAUUGUCCCUCAAACCCUGGUGAAUUUCUUGGCUGAAAAGAAAUCCAUUUCUUUCAUUGGUUGUGCUGCUCAGUUUUACUUCUACGCUGUGUUUGCAAGUGUCGAAUGUCUCCUGCUAGCUGCUAUGGCCUACGACCGCUAUGUGGCCAUCUGUAACCCACUGUUGUAUCCUACUGUCAUGUCCAAGAAGGUUUGUAUUUGCCUGGUGCUGGCUUCCUACCUUGUGGGUUGUGCCAAUGGCAUGGUACACACAAACACUACCUUUCGCCUCCCCUUUUGCAGCUCCAAUGUCAUAAACCAUUUUUUUUGUGAUGUACCUUUAAUUCUGAAGCUUGCCUGUUCAAACACUCAGCUCAACCAGAUUCUGCUUUUUGUCAUCUCUUCACUGAUAGGACUGUGUUCAUUCUUCAUCAUCCUUAUCUCUUACAUCUACAUUAUCACUGCUAUCCAAAGAAUCCACUCAAGCGGGGGAAGGAAGAAGACCUUCUCUACCUGCGGCUCCCAUUUGAUGGCUGUUACCUUGUUCUACACCACAAUUCUUUUCAUCUACCUGAAACCUUCCUCAAGUGACAUUGGAGCACAAGACCAAGUUGCUGCUGUCUUUUAUACAGUAGUGAUUCCUAUGGUCAACCCUGUCAUCUAUAGCCUAAGGAAUAAGGAGGUGAAGGAAGCGCUGAAAAGGAUCGUGAGAAAGAAAUGGGUUUCUGCUCAGGCAUAA